CAUAGAUACAGACCGCCAUCGCCAUAGCGCAUAGCCACGGACAGAUUUACUUCAUUUUCUUCUUCGGCGAACCGUUUGCGUUGGCUUGGCUGUGGCUCAUCCGUAAGAUCGUCCGCGUCGUCGGUCGGGUCGCUGAUCGACGCUCAUCGCUAGUUGGAUGAUUUUUUAGUGAUUCACCAUGUGGAAGGGAGGCGGACCAGCCCUUCCUAGUUGCCUUUUUGUUGUUGUUUGACUUAAUAUUCCCAGAUUAGCAUCUCUCUGGGCUUGGCUGCCACUGGCACUUUAGUAUUAGGAUACCCAUUCGAUCGGAAGCUGUGAUGCUAGAGAUUUUCUCGAUGUUGCAUUAGUGAUUUAUUUGAUUUGACAUUAGUGCGUUGUUUUGCAGUGUUCGAUCGGCUUCAGUACGUGUAACGUCAAAUUAAAAUUCAUUUUAAAAGGCGAGUUUGUAUAUAGAUAUUGCGUUUAUUAUCGAAUGACUAUAAAUCGCGCAUCAUAAACAGACGCGACGACGGACGCAUCUUUUUGACUCGAAAGUAAUUUUCUACGAUCACUGAUCAUCAGUUACGGUUAGUUAGAGAACGAGUCAACUGGUGCACGAAGAAAUAAAUAAAUAAUCAAUUUUUACGGACAAAUAACUUCAUCACAAAUUCUCACUUUACUUGAUUAUUAAAAAUUAAAUGAGUUGAUAAAAAUAAAACUGAAAUUGCCUAUUUUUCUUUGAUAUUUUCAAAAUAUUUCUGAAAUUUUUUUGAAAACAAUAAAAUUUGCAUACUUAAUGCGAAUUCAAAUUAGGUGUGAAGUGAGCACGCGAUCUUACCUCUGCCUAGACCUACCUAUACCUGAUACCUAACAUACAAAAUAUAUACUUUUCCAUAGCUAAACAAUAUUUAUGGAUAACUUAACAUAGAUAGAUGUGAAAAGUGUUAAUUAAAUUAAAGUUUAGUAAAUUAGGUGAAUUCAAGUGUUAAAAAUAAGUUUAUGUACGUAUGAAAAUAAAUAAAUAUACAUAGAAAUUCUAUAGAUACAAUGUUAUUUUUAUGAAUAAAAAAAAAAAUAUUUAUCUGACGGAAAAAAUUUCUUAAGUGUGUUCAUAGAUUUGGAUUACGAUUUUUAUCUCAUCAAUAGACGAAAAGUUUUUAUUUAUUGCUGAAUUUUGAAAUAAAAACAAUCACAAAAUGGAUCCAGAAAAUCAGUGCCCUCAAUAUGGAGAGGUCAACCAGUUGGGUGGAGUGUUUGUGAAUGGACGUCCCUUGCCGAAUAAUAUACGUCUGCAAAUAGUCGAACUGGCCCGGCGAGGAACUCGGCCCUGUGAUAUUUCCCGUCAUCUGCGAGUCAGUCAUGGUUGUGUGUCCAAGAUUCUUGCAAGAUACCACGAGACCGGUUCGAUUCUACCGGGAGCCAUUGGAGGCUCGAAGCCAAGGGUAACCACCCCAAAAGUUGUCAAUUACAUUCGCGAUCUGAAGCAACGAGAUCCGGGCAUUUUCGCUUGGGAAAUUCGUGACCGUUUGCUGAGCGAGGGAGUUUGUGAUAAGACCAAUGUUCCCAGUGUCAGUUCGAUUUCGAGAAUUCUCCGCAACAAAUUGGGUUCGAUGCCACACCAUUCGCCUACAACUGCGUCGGCGGCUGCGGCACAUCACCAUCACCACACGCACCUGUACAACUCUCUCUAUCAAACCUACAAUCCUUAUGGAAUGCGGUCAGUUUCGUGCAAUUCUCCAUCCCCUCCACAAGGCCAACUCAGACCCUCGCACUGUUGGCCAUCGUCGCAUUCUGUCCAGGACAUUCUUGCUCAUCAAGCGCAGGCAGCCAACAAUGCCCUGCGAAACAGCUGCAAUGGCAAUGUGGGAGUGGGCGUGGGAGUUGGAGUAGGCGCCCUUCCGGCUAUGCCAACGGCCGGAUCACCAGUUGCGACUCACCUCGGCGUAGACGAAACCAACUACUAUAUGUACAUCCAGAACGCCAGUAUGAUGCAUCAUGGCGGAAUGAUGACGACUGCGACGGGAUUGUGAAGUUAUUUUAAAUUUAAAGUUAGAUUAAAUAUUUUAUGUUUUUUUUUCUCAAUUGACACUUUCAAGAUUAAUUAAUUUAAAUUUAUUUUAGAUAUUUUUGGUAGGUUUUUUAGAAUAAGAUUAAGGAAUAAUUUUGAGUUAGGUUAUUUUUAAAUAUGCAAGUUUUUGUUUUAGUAAAUUAAAAAAAAAGUAUUAUGUUGAGUUAUUUUCUUUAUAGGAAACAAAGUGUAUAUUACGAAUAUGAUGUAGUUUUUAAGGAAUUUAAAAUUUUGUUUAAUAACAAUUUACAAAAAAAAAAAAAACCAUAACAGUGAAGCAUUGAAAAUACGUAAUUUUUUAAUUAUAUGCCCACAUCAAAUGUGAAUUUAUUAUUUUAAGUGCCUAUAUUUACAAAAAC